AUGCAGCAGGCCUCCCCAGAUCUGGUGCAGAAGAGCCCCCCAAGCCCUGAGCAGCAGCCGGAGCUCCUCUUUCCUCCCUCUGCAGCGCCGAGAGGGUUAAAGCCAGCGAGUGGGCGGCUGGAGCGGCCGCGGGAGGACCGGGAAGGCGGGGAGGGGGCGGAGAAGGCUCUGCAGCCCGCGGAAGAGGAGCGGGAAGCCGCGGAGAGAGAAGCCGCUCUUCAUACCCAAGGGACUAAAGGCAUCAUCACCCAGUCAGAGGUGCAGGGGAAAGAGAUGGAAGAGCAGAACCCAGAAGGACCUGGAACUGGUAAGGCAGCAACUGAAAGCCUCCAUCUCAACCAAACCGGGAGUGAUGUUGAAUUCUGGGACUGCCUGGUGCCAUUUAUCCAUGAUCAGCUCACUGCCAUCUCAGAUGUACAUCGCCAAUGCUUCCGGCAAUUCCGCUACCGGGAGGCCGAUGGGCCCCGAGAGGUCUGCAGCCAGCUCCAUGGACUUUGCAGCCAGUGGAUGAGGCCGGAGAGGCGCACCAAAAAGCAGAUUGUGGACCUGGUGAUCCUGGAGCAGUUGUUGGCCAUUCUGCCCCAGGCAAUGCAGAGCUGGGUCAGGGAAUGUGGGCCGGAGACCAGUUCCCAGGCGGUGGCCCUGGCGGAAGGUUUCCUCCUGAGUCAGGCAGAGGAGAAGAGGCAGGCAGAACAGAUGUGGGCACCAUCCGUGAAGACAGAAGCUGCAAUUCCUGAGGCAGAAGGAGCUUCUUUGGAGCAAGGGCAGAGGGCGCAGGCCAUGGAGCAGGCCCAAGAUGCCCUCUGCUGUGUAACAAGCAGUGAAGAGAUGCUGUUGAAUGUUCCUCUUUUCAGAGAUGUGAAAACGACUGCUGCAGCUCCAGUCCAGGGUCCCUUUUCCUUUGAGGAGGUGUCCGUCUCUUUCAUGGAGGCUGAGUGGGCCCUGCUGGAUCCAGGACAAAGAGGUCUGUACAGGGAAGUCAUGCUGGAGAACUAUGGGAGCGUGGCCUUUCUGGAAAUGAGAAGUAUAAGAAAGACAGUGGUGGAAACAGACCAUGGCUUUGCAUCCAAAGAAAGGCUGGAGAGUUCAACAAGAGGAUCCGAAGAGCAUAUUUGCUUCCCAAAUAAGCUGGCUGAGACAGAGGAUGAUCAGAGAAAUGAGGAGGACGAGGAACUUCAUCAGCAAAUGCCAGUCAGAGUUAAAAAUGGCUUGAAAGGAAACGUCAGUUUUCGAGGCCUACCUGAGAGAAAGUACGGUGGCCAUAUGGCUGAGAAUCAAGAUGGAAGAAAGCGUAACGUAACUAAGCACAUGAUAAUGAAGGCAAGCAAAUCCCUUCAGUGUGGAAAGUACUUCAGAAGUGUAUUGCAGCUCCUUGUGGACCAAGGAACCCACACAGGGGAGAAACCAUUCAAAUGCACAGAGUCUGGAAAGAGAUUCAGGAGGUUUGGAAAUCUUCAGGAACAUAAGAGAACUCAUACAGGGGUGAAACCAUUUUCCUGCAAAGAGUGUGGAAAGAGAUUCAGUCGGAGAAGCAAUCUUCAAGUCCAUCAAAGAACCUACACAGGGGAGAAACCUUUUGAAUGUUCAGAGUGUGGGAAGAGAUUCAGUCGGAAUAGCAGUCUUCAAGAGCAUCAAAGAACCCACACAGGGGAGAAACCUUUUGAAUGCUCAGAGUGUGGGAAGAGAUUCAGUCAGAGUCACAGGCUUCAAUGGCACCAAACAAUCCACACAGGGGAGAAACCUUUUGAAUGCACAGAGUGUGGAAAGAGAUUCAGUCAAAGGCUCAGUCUUCAACGGCACCAAAGAAUCCACACAGGUGAGAAACCAUUUGAAUGCACAGAGUGUGGAAAGAGAUUCAGUCAGAGUUAUAGUCUUCAGGUCCAUCAAAGAACCCACACAGGGGAGAAACCUUUUGAAUGUUCAGAGUGUGGGAAGAGAUUCAGUCGGAGUAGCAGUCUUCAAGAGCAUCAAAGAACCCACACAGGGGAGAAACCUUUUGAAUGCUCAGAGUGUGGGAAGAGAUUCAGUCGGAGUAGCAGUCUUCAAGAGCAUCAAAGAACCCACACAGCGGAGAAACCAUUCCCUUGUACAGAGUGUGGAAAGAGAUUCAGUCGGAGUAGCACUCUUCAAGAGCAUCAAAGAACUCACACAGAGCAGAAACCAUUUGAAUGCUCAGAGUGUGGAAAGAGAUUCAGUUGGAGCAGUGGUCUUCAAAAGCAUCAAAGAACUCACACAGCGCAGAAAUCAUUCCCUUGCACAGAGUGUGGGAAGAGAUUCAGUCGGAGUAUCAGUCUUCAGCUGCACCAAAGAACCCACUCAGGGGAGAAACCUUUUGAAUGUUCAGAGUGUGGGAAGAGAUUCAGUACGAGUUGGUCUCUUCAACGGCACCACAAAACCCACAUAGGGGAGAAACCUUUUGAAUGUUCAGAGUGUGUAGAGAGAUUCAGUACGAGUGGGCAUCUUCAACGGCACCAAAGAACCCAUACAGGGGAGAAAACUUUUGAAUGCUCAGAGUGUGGGAAGAGAUUCAGUCAGAGUCACAGGCUUCAAUGGCACCAAACAAUCCACACAGGGGAGAAACCUUUUGAAUGCACAGAGUGUGAAAAGAGAUUCAGUCAGAGAAGCAGUCUUCAAGUCCAUCAAAGAACCCACACAGGGGAGAAACCUUUUGAAUGCUCAGAGUGUGGGAAGAGAUUCAGUUGGAGUGAUAGUCUUCAAAAGCAUCAAAGAACCCACACUGGGGAAAAACCUUUUGAAUGCUCAGAAUGUGGGAAGAGAUUCAGUUGGAGAAAUAGACUUCAACAGCAUCUAAGAACCCAUACGGGGAGAAACCCUUUUAAUUCUCAGAGUGUGGAAAGAGAUUCAUUUGGAGUGGCCAUCGUUCACCAGACCUAAGAACCCACAGGGAAGAAACAUUUUGAGUGCUCAGAGUGACUGAUUAACGAUAGGAGACUGAUUAACAAUAGAAGUCCUCAAUGGCAAUACAGAGGAAAAAUGCUCCGAAUGUGCAGUUUAACUCAGCUUGGAAAUCUUUUAGAGAAUCUAAGAACCACCAGAAAGAGAAACGA